GAGUCUGCGCGGGAAGUGGAAACCGGCGCGGAGGAGAAGCGGCUAGAGGGCCGCCCGGGCGGCUUCAGCUUAGCUCGUCUCUUCGCGCUGCUGGGCUCGCGGCCGGCGGUCCGGCCCCUCCGCCGCAGCCGCCAUGUCCAUGAAGGGCCGCUUCCCGAUACGCCGCACCCUGCAGUACCUGGGCCAGGGGGACGUAGUGUUCAAGGACUCGGUGAAGGUCAUGACGGUGAACUACAACACGCACGGGGAGCUGGGCGAAGGCGCCAGGAAAUUCGUGUUUUUCAACAUACCUCAGAUCCAGUACAAGAACCCCUGGGUGCAGAUCAUGAUGUUUAAGAACAUGACGCCAACACCCUUUCUGCGGUUCUAUUUAGAUUCUGGGGAGCAAGUCCUUGUGGACGUGGAGACCAAGAGCAAUAAGGAGAUCAUGGAGCACAUCAAAAAGAUUCUGGGGAAGAGCGAGGAAACCCUCGAGAAAGAGGAGCAGGAGAAAAAACAGCUUUCUCACCCAGCCCACUUUGGCCCCCGAAAGUAUUGCCUGCGGGAGUGCAUCUGUGAGGUGGAGGGGCAGGUGCCCUGCCCGGGCCUGGUGCCAUUGCCCAGGGAAAUGACAGGGAAGUACAAAGCAGCUCUGAAAGCCAGUUCCCAAGACUGAGGCCCCAGAAAAGCCCCUGGUCCUAUUCCCCGAGAGACUGAAAAUCUCUUUGCAAUAAAAGGGUCUCCUUUACACACCUGUGUAGAAGUGCAUGGGGGGAGAGGAGGAGUUGGGCUGCAGCCAAGCUGCCCAGUGAACACCCUGCGCCAUCAGGGCAAUAAAUGCUUCAGAAUCACUGA